AAUUGGGAGUGACACGGCAAUGGUGUUGGGCGCCGAGCCGCAGCGUCCGCCGACCAAUCCUGUGCAGCCGCCGGCGUUGGCCACCUGGAAGCCCCUCACACUGCGCCGUCGCGCACUGAUCUCACCGCGGGAUCCAGGUGGAGUAUCGCGACCCCAACCCACUGCAGUCGCCUCGGCCCCUGCGCAGGGCAGCUUCUCCAACCCCACGCCGGAAACACCGCCAGCUCCAUUCCUACCGCCAUCCACAGCCCCCCGCAGGUGGGAAUGGACACACUGCCGCCUCGACAGGGGCGAGCAAUACCGCAGUGCCGAAACGCUGACAAGCCGAAGCCGCCCGCUCGGGUGGGGCGGCGACCCGGCCCUUGCCUGA